GAAACAGCGAAGUGCUCCAGAGACGGUUUCUGUAGAAACGAGAUAAUAUAGUCGCGAGCUUUCGUUCACGAGCCCAAGUUGCUCAAAGUGUCUCGCACGCGCUGUAAUUAACAGCUUUCACCGGCGGAGAGGACGUUGUCUCGUGGCACUCUCGGGCUGUCAAGGAAGGCGAGAGAUGCUGUGAAGAAGAAUUGAAAGAUCUCAGGUUUAAAGGUUAAUGCUCAACAGGAAGUCAAACGGGCAGCAUGCAGUCUCACACUCAGGAGCAGCCACUGGCCCUCACUACAGUGAAGCCACACUAUCCCACCAAUGGGAAAGAAGAAGAGGUGAACACAGAUGCAGAUUCUAUGGAGGAAGAGGUGGAGUUUAACUGGGAGGAGUACCUGGAGGAGAAUGGGGCCGACGCUGCCCCUCACACCAACUUCAAGCAUGUGGAGAUCAGCCUUCAGAGCAGCUUCCAGCCUGGCAUGAAGCUCGAAGUGGCCAAUAAGAACAACCCAGACACUUAUUGGGUGGCCACCAUCAUCACUACAUGUGGCCAGCUGCUGCUCCUGCGCUUCAGUGGCUACGGCGAGGACCGCAAGGCUGACUUCUGGUGUGAUGUCAUGACAGCUGAGCUGCACCCAGUUGGCUGGUGUGCACAAAACAACAAGACCCUCAUGCCCCCUGAAGAUAACAUUUACCUAAGAAAAGCCAUCAAGGAGAAACACAGCGACUGGACAGAGUUCCUUAUUCAGGACCUGACGGGUGCCAGAACGGCACCGGCCAACCUGCUGGAAGGGCCUCUACGAGGCAAGAACACGGUCGAUCUGAUUGUCGACGGAUCGGUGUUGGAGCUUCAGGACCUUUUAGACCCUUACCUUUACUGGCCUGUACAAGUCAUCCAGAACGUUGGAGGGAGGCUCCGCCUGCGGUAUGCUGGCCUCUCUGAAGAGUACCACGAUCAUGACACGUGGCUGUUCUAUCUGGACGUCAGGCUCCGGCCCCUCGGCUGGGCCCAGGAAAACUGCCUGACCUUAGAACCGCCAACAGAGCUCAAGUCUACGAAGAGCACCUCCGACUGGCAGCAGGCUCUAGAGGAUGCUCAGCUCGAUGGACAGAAGAAUCCAUUACCUCUGGAGGUGUUCAAGGACCAUGUAGACCUGCCCAAGCACUCCUUCAAGAUGGCUAUGAAGCUGGAGAUGGUUUCUCCAUGGGAGCAGCUCCAGAUCUGCCCUGUUUCUGUCACAAAGGUCUACAAUGAGUUCUACUUCCAGGUGAUGUUGGAUGACCUCUCUGCUGAAGCCAAGCCACACUUUGUGGUGUGUCAUGCCAACUCGCCUGGCAUCCUGCCUGUCCAGUGGUGUAUGAAGAACGGCGUGGGUCUGGAGAGGCCUCGGGCCUACGAGGGCCAGGACUUUGACUGGGCUGACUACCUGAAGCAGAGCGGGACAGAAGCAGCUCCUGACGCCUGCUUUCCUGAUACAUGGCAGAGCAGAGACUUUGCCAAGGACAUGUGGCUGGAGGCAGUGAACCCUCACCGACCGGCUGAGGUGUGUGUGGCUCAGGUCACACAGGUCAGAGGACGCCUGCUGUGGCUCCGACUGGAAGGUGUGCCGAAGCCUCUGUCAGAGUGCAUCGUGGAUGUCGAGUCCAUGGACAUCUUCCCUGUCGGCUGGUGCGAGGCCAACGCUUACCCUCUGACCCCUCCAAUCAAACCUGUCUGCCAGAAACAGAAGAAGAUAGCAGUGGUCCAGCCAGAGAAACAGUUGGCUCGUUCCCAGCCUGUCGAGGCGAGUCCUGUCAACCACUGCCAGCCUGCCGCCUUGGAUCCAGGUUCAGCUAAUGGAAGAUACUGCUGCUCCAAGAUUUUUGUCAACCACCGCUGUUUCUCAGGACCCUACCUCAACAAGGGACGCAUCGCAGAGCUGCCGCAGGCUGUCGGACCUGGAAAAUGCACACUGGUCCUCAAAGAGCUGCUGAGCAUGCUGAUCAACGCUGCCUACAAGCCUGGACGAGUAUUGAAGGAACUGCAGGAGCUGGAGGAUCAGAGCUGGGACUGCCAAGAGGAGACCCUCAAAGCCAAAUAUAAAGGAAAAACGUAUCGUUCCACCAUACGGAUUGUCCGCCUAGCAGACCAGAUCCCAGAUUUCUGCCGUAAAGUGUGUGUGAAACUACAGUGCUGCCCGAACCUCUUCAGCCCCAUCCUCGUUACUGACAAGUGCCCAGAGAACUGCUCCGUCCAAACAAAAACCAAAUACACCUAUUACUAUGGGAAGAAGAGGAAGCUAUCCAAGCCCACUGCAGGAGAGGAGACAGCAGAGGGAGAGCUGGCCAAGCCGACGCGCCGCAGGAAGAAGAGGAAAGCUAUCUUUGUGCAGAAGAAAAGACGCUCCUCUGCUGUGGACUACACUCCCGCUGGCUCCCCGCAGGACAGUGAUGAGGGAGAGGAGGACGAAGAGAUGGCGUUGCAGUCAGGCAGCGAGGGCACCAGCUCGGAACCUCGCGAGGACCACACAGACACCUCAUCGGUGGAGGUGACCAGCAGCCGUCCUCGCCGGGCCACGGCGCUGCGCAGGGCCGUCAGCGCGGGAAACCCGGCACUCGGCCCGGCGCUCAGCCCGGAGGCUCCCGCAGGUCGCAGGAGGUCAACUCGCUCACUGUCUGCGUACAACCAGAACAGCAAGUACCAGCCCGCCAAAGGACAAGACAUGCAGGUGGAGGAGGAGGACGGUCAGCUGGUUUUGGACAGAAACCCUCUGGAGUGGAGCGUAGAUGAAGUCGUCCAGUUCAUUAACUCUACCGACUGCGCAUCUCUGGCUGGCAUUUUCCAGGAGCAGGACAUCGAUGGUCAGGCCCUGCUGCUGCUGACUCUGCCCACAGUCCAGGAGUGUAUGGACUUGAAGCUCGGGCCUGCCAUCAAGCUGUGUCACCAGAUCGAGCGUGUCAAAGUUGCCUUCUACAAACAGUACGCCAACUGAUGGAGGAGCAGUGACAGGAGCAAGCCUGGAAAUGUUGGAUUACGUGGAUUUCCAAAUUAUUUUGGCAGUUGGUUACUUUGGAUAAGCACACACCGAGGGACAGCAGGAGGAUGUUUCCAGAUGAGAAGCUGAAGGAUUAAUUUCUGGGAUACUAUCUGUGUGACAAUGAUAUGCAGUACCCACGAAAAACAAAAAAACUUCCUUACUGUCGACUCCGGCAGAACCGAACACACUGAGCUGAUCUGUGUGCUCUACUGAUCUGUGAAGAAGCUGAGGACUUGUUUUUUUUUUUCUCUUACUUUUCAUUUCCAUUUGAUUUGUCAUAGAGGAGCAUCAUAGCAAUUAAGUUUUAAAAAUUAUAAUCAUGAAGAGUUUUCCCUUUUUUUCUGUGUGGCAUAAUCGGUUCAGAAAAUAUAAUCGGAAAGUAUUUAACAAACCAAGAAUUAAUAUAUUUGGAAUAUUUAUUGUUACCCUUAUUUAUAAGGAGUGAUUAUCCAUUUGGAUUUUUAAGGAAAAAAAUUGGAGAUGUAUAUCACAAUGUACGUAUUAGCUAAUCUUUAUUGAAAACGGGAAACUAUGGUAUGAAUUUAUUCAGUUCAAAUAAGCAUCCCAUGUGUUUGAGAGAAGAACACACUGGAAUAGUCUUACUCUCUUCUCAUUGUUACAGUCACAUGAAUCAAUCAUGGAAGCUAUUUUGUGUCCAUCUAUGCAAUUCUGUUGCAGAUAUUUUUGAUAA